AGAACAUGAUGCUGUUGGGAAAACUUGUGCAGCCGGUGUGCAGCCUCAGCAAAGGGCGGCCGCCGGGCGCCUGCAGACUCUUCUGGGGAUGGCUGAAUGCCGUGUUCAACAAAGUGGACUACGAACGUAUACGAGCCGUUGGCCCUGACAGGGCCGCUUCCGAAUGGCUGUUGCGGUGCGGUGCAUUGGUGCGCUACCAAGGCUAUCAGAAAUGGCAGCAGGACUACAACGGUCUCCCAACGGGGCCCUUGGGGAAAUACAAAAUAGAAGCAAUUAAUGCCACUGACUCUUGCAUCAUGUACAGAGGAUUUGACUAUUUGGAUGGUCUUGAACACGUUACAGAAAUCAAGCUGCAGAAGUGUAUUUACAUACAGGACGAGUGUCUGCAGAGGCUCAGCGAGACGAAGAAUCUACAGAAGAGUCUCCUCCAGCUGAAGAUAAUUUCCUGUGGGAACGUCACAGAUAAAGGCAUCAUUGCCCUUCACAAGCUGAUGAACCUUGAACAUUUGUAUCUGAGUGACCUUCCUGGAAUAAGACAGAAAGAAACGACUGUUCGCAUCCUUCAGCAGGCACUGCCAAACCUAGAGCUGGAGCUGGAUUUAGAAUAAACGCAAUUGCAUGUAAUUGAGAUGUGUUUGACUUCACAGUAUUUAUCGUACGUUGUGUAAAUUAAGUUGGAGACACUACUGUAUUUCCAGGUAUGGAAAUAAGCUCAGAUCUCCCAGCCUCAAAAGCUGUACGCAAUCUUUUGGCAAAUGAUGCAAUUAAGUUUUAAUAAGCUU